ACGAUUUUGAAUAAUGUUUUGAUUUUUUACUUUCACCAAAUUCUCAAAUUAACUAGCUAUGAAGGCUGUAAUUCAACGAGUAACAAAUGCAAGAGUACUCGUCAAUGGAGAAGUAAUUUCAAAAAUUGAAAGAGGACUUUGUGUGCUUAUUGGAAUCUGUAAUAAUGAUACAGAAGAAGACAUCAAGUUCAUAUCUAGGAAGAUCCUCAACACAAGGCUAUUCGAAGAAAAUGACAAGAGAUGGAUGAGAAGUGUCAAGGAAAUGACUUUCGAAAUUCUCUGUAUCUCUCAAUUCACAUUAUAUUACAAGCUUAAAGGAAAUAAGCCAGAUUUUCAUCAUGCCAUGUCAGGAGAAAAAGCUAAAGAAAUGUAUGACCAGUUAUUAGCAACUUUAGGCAAAGAUUAUAGUCCAGACAAGAUUAAAGACGGCGUAUUUGGAGCUAUGAUGAAUGUUCAGAUCUUCAAUGAUGGACCGGUGACGAUAGAAAUUGAAAGUCCUGUUAAGGCUGUUAAACCAGAUGAUAAGAAAACGGAAAGUUCUAAUUCAUAAUGAUUUGUUAAAUAAAUUAAUUUAAAAUUCUUUAAUGAGAGGAAAAAGCAAAAAUAUAUUCGAUUAACAGCACAUUUCAGUUUGUUAAGGCAACAAAAGUGCAA